AUGGAGGUCGUCACUGAUGCGGCGUCGUUGGACGUUGAAUUGUUGCAGCUCCCAGAGUUUUCCGCCUUGGCACUCAAGUCUAACCACGAUUUCAUCGAGAAGCUCUUCGACCAGUGGUUGUCGCUUCCGGAAAGUAAUCGAUUGGUAACAUCGUUACUCAAUGAAGCAAAGUCAGGUGUUCCCUUGAAUGUCCCCGUGAAUUGCUCUAGUCCAAAUGCUGCCAAUAAUUCUUUGCCUUCCAUGUUUCCUGCUGGCACUGCUCCACCUCUUUCACCAAGAAGUACAUCUGGCUCCCCUCGCGUUGUGAAACAGAGAGUUGGCCUUUCCAAUUUGGGAUCCCCUUUGAAAGUUGCAAGUGAGCCAGUUAAAGAAGUGAUACCACAGGUUAAGGCAGUCUGA